UAUGAGAAAGAGAAAGGAUCCACGAGAAAAAGAGCAUUAUCUAGUUCCCUCUAUAUUUAUCCUCUCCCUCAUUUCCUCAUCUCAUUACCAUCAAUCAAUUCCCUCCCUUUUUUGUUCUCCUUUUUCUCCCUCAUCCCUAAUCUCACCGCAAUCUCCGAUCAGAGACGAGAAAGAUAAAACUACUGAUCGGAAUCCAGAGGAAUCGAGAAAUCGAGGAACAGAUCAUCGAUCAAUUGGAUGGCGGCGGCGGGGAUGAACGGGCAGUUCGGAGACACGACGUACACGAAGGUGUUCGUGGGAGGCCUGGCUUGGGAGACUCAGAAGGAAACGAUGGAGAAGUACUUUCAGCAGUUCGGCGACAUCUUGGAAGCCGUCGUCAUCUCCGACAAGGCCACCGGCAGAUCCAAGGGCUACGGCUUUGUGACAUUUAGAGAGGCAGAAGCAGCAAUGAGAGCAUGUGUAGAUGCAGCACCAGUGAUUGAUGGGAGAAGGGCAAAUUGCAACCUUGCUUCUUUGGGUGUUCAAAGAUCCAAGCCUUCUACCCCUAAUAAACUUGGAGGAGUGAGGAAUUUCAAUGCAAUGAAUGGCUUUCAAGGAGGGUUUGGAACAACCACAGCUUUUCCUUCUGCAUCAACCUUCCCACAUUAUGCCCUCCAACAAGGCCUGCCCUAUAAUCUUUAUGGGUACUCUUCGUUUUCGCCAGACUAUACUUACCCUACGGGUUACUACGGGAUGUACGGAGGGGCGACGGCCGGACAGUACCAAAUGUACGGUAGCGGCACGAAUGCGAUGUUAUCCGCGGCGGCCUUUUACCCUUACCUGAAUUUCAGUGAAGGAAGCGGCGGCGGAGCCACCACCGGCGGCUACACGGCCGGCCAGCCAUACGGCGUACAGUACCCGCACCACUUGUUUCCGUACUCCGCCGCCAUCAACACCACCGCCGGGUACCCGGCUCAGCACUACCCCACCCCCAUUUCUCUUGCGCACACACCGCCGCUACAACCAGGCGUGAGCGUGGCGAUGAUACGUUCGCCAAUUCCUCAUCGUUAAAGAGAUUCAUUCAUUCGUUCGUUCAAAACAAGCUAAGCGCGUGCAUGCAUGCAUGCCAAAACAUGCAUACGCAUCCUAGUAAAAUACGAGUUGAGUUGAGUGACCAUUGGAAGGUCCAUCAACUCAAUGUCGUCUUAGCAAGAAAUAGCUACGUCGGUUUGAUCCGAUCUGAAGCCCGAUCAUCAUCAUCAUUACCACUCGAAGCCCGCCCAGAUACGACAUCCGGGCUAGCUUCUCCGCACGUUGGGGUCCAGGCCCGACGCAGGACGCGCCGGGCCCACGUACGCCCGAUUUCUGAUCUCAUCAUCUCUUGCAUGGGAAUUAUGGGUUCUUUCAAGAGAAAGCAGAAGAAGCUAAUAUAUGUUAUGGAUAUACUACAUGCAUUCAUUUUUUCCCCCUUUCAUAUAAAUAUAGAUAUAUAUAGCCUUGGACAGGCUAAUUAUGUUAAAUUAAUGUAGCUAGUUUAGGAACUUGUCACAAUUUUUUGUGUGGAUCAUAACUUAGAUUAUUUACUAUUCAAACUCAUGUAUAAUCUUUAAGGAUUCCAUUAAUGGUUAAUGGGGUCCCUUUUGGGCAUGACAAUCAUGCCUUUUUUAAGCAGACUUGCCACAGUAUUUACUACGAAGUACUUCAUCUACUCCCUCUGUUCUCCAUAGAACCUUUAAUUUAUUUAGUUGCAGAUGUAAAAUUUAUUUAAUCAUGCCUUUAUGUCAUAUUACGAGAUUGGAUCUCCACGAUAUUCCAAUAAAAAAGUAGAUGGUUU